AUGGAUAUCGCGGAUUUCGUCGCUUCGCAGACACAGCUGGUCGAGAGGGAGCGCGACUACGAGGCCGAGCAGUCAACAGCGCUGGCCAGCAACUGGCUGCCGACGGAGCUGCAGCGACUGGGGUUCGCCCUGGUUGCACUGCGCAUCACCCGGCACACCACCGGGCUGGGCGGCAAAAGCCUGCUGACGCUUGAGGCCCCGACACCCGGCACUGCCCUGCUCGCCAACACACUGCGCUCGGGUGACAUUGUCAGCGUGACAGCGCCAGUGAACAAAAAGAACCUUGUGGGCAUGCACGGCGUGCUGACGCAGUGCUCGGACAUGAAAUUGACGGUGGCACUGCGCACAGAUGACGAGGUGCCCGGGGACUGGCACGAGCGCUGCUCGGUGCGGCGGCUCGCCAGCGACGUGACAUACCGGCGCAUGCUCCAGGCACUACGCAGCCUUAGCGAGCGCCCUGCUGCUGCGCCGGUGGUGCGCUGCCUUUUGGGCAAUUCUGAGCCGCAGUUCACUGAGCCGGCAGGCGAGUUCUUCAACAUGGAGCUGAAUGCACAGCAGCAGAAGGCGGUUCGGCAUGCGGUGACGGCGACGGAUGUUGCACUGGUGCAUGGGCCGCCGGGCACAGGAAAGACACAGGCGGUGGUGGAGAUUGUGCGGCAGCUGGCACGCAAUGGCCGCGUGUUAGUAUGCGCGCCAUCGAACUUGGCGGUGGACACUCUGGCCGAGCGCCUGGGCCACCCGGCCGUGCGUUUGGGCCACCCAGCCCGCAUGCUGCCUAAGGCCGCCGCCAUGAGUUUGGACGCCCUGGUGAAGGGCUCGGAUUCCGGCUCGCUCCUGCGCGACGUGCGCAUGGAGCUCGACCAGGCCCUGGCAAGACUGCCCAAGGCCAAGCGGCCGGAGCGUCGCGAGCUGUACGGGCAAAUCAAGGACCUCCGGAAAGAGUUCCGGGAGCGCGAGCGCUCUGUUGUUGCCCAGACCAUCGACAGCGCGAGGAUCGUCCUGGCAACUCUGAGCGGCGCAGGUGCGCGCAAACUGGGCGACUUUCAUGCGGUAGUUAUUGAUGAGGCAACACAGGCCACCGAGCCCGAGUGCUGGAUCGCCUGCAUUGCAGGCCUGCCGCCCACGGUUACGUCCGGUAAGCCGGUGGAGACUAUGUUUGAGCGUGUGCGCCAUCGCUGUCCCAAUGCCUGCGUUAUGCUGACAACGCAAUACCGCAUGCAUGAGCAGAUCGCCAAGGUCUCCAGCCAGCAGCUCUACGAGAACAAACUGGCCGCCGAUCCCUCCGUUGCCGGCCAUCUGCUCAGCGACAUUGCCCAGUCAACCGACGACACCACUACUCCACUAGUUCUCUACGAUACCGCUGGUUCUGGCAUGUACGAAGACACAGAGGCUGCAGGCAUUGCUGACACGGACUCCAAGCUCAACCGCUCCGAGGCCGCCCUGGCCCAUGCCCAUGUGCUGCGGCUUCUUGCGGCCGAUGUAAGCCCCAGAGAUAUUGCUGUCAUUUCGCCGUAUAAUGCGCAGGUGCGGCUGCUGCGCGAGCUGCUGCGCGACCACGUCGAAGUCGAGGUCGGCUCUGUCGAUGGCUUCCAGGGCCGCGAGAAGGAGGCCGUGGUAUUGUCGCUGGUGAGGUCGAAUGAGAACCAGGAAAUCGGGUUCUUGUCUGAUUACCGCCGGACUAACGUCGCUGUGACGCGCGCCCGCCGCCAUCUGUGCGUUAUUGGUGAUAGCGAGACCGUGGCGCGCCGCAGCCCGUUCUUGAACGCGCUGUUUGUACAUUUGGAAGACAAUGCUGAUCUGCGGUAUCCUGACUCCAUGUAAUCCGCUGGCUUGGGCCUUUUUCAAAUCUGCCCGAGCUCAUAGAAUUUAAUUCCAAACCUGCAUCUUCCUCUCCCUCUUCUCCACGAUUUCGGAUAUGGUUGGGACAGCCCGCUGUCGGUCCUGUCUGGAUUUUUUAUUCGCAAUUGGGACCGAGUGAUUUGCGCAAAGAAAUACGUGAUGCAUAUUCUUUGUGCUGU